AUGGAAGCGCCGAAUGGACUGCAUCCGGUGAACCCGCGCAAGCGGAGGCGGAGAAGAAGACUCGACCGCCCACCGACUUCGGCGCGUCUGCUGCUCGACGAGCGCUUGAAGGGCGAGGUGGGCGUCCUGUCCGACGACCUGUUCGACGAUCUGUUCCCGGGGGCGAAGCACGACGGCGCGGACACCCCCCGCCAUGUCGCGAUUACCCCAUGGCUUCCAAGCUCCGUCGUUGCUUCCCAGACCAUCCCCUGGACGAUUCUCCCGGUGCGAAGCGCGGAGAAGAGCGAUCCAUCUGCUGCCCGCCCGCAUGCGUCGCUGCAGAUUCCCACCUCCGCCCUCGCCCUCCACUCCUUCUCCCAGCUUCUCCACACGCUGGCCCCGAACAAGACACAGCGGAGAGACGCGCCCAUCCAAGUCCGCAUGCACGACGUCGUGCCCGUCGGCCUGGACACCGUCUAUGUGAACCUGGACACGGAAGCCCUGCGCAAGCUGGACCAAGUGCAUGCCAAGUUCGGCGGAGGCUUCGUGAGCCCCUCCAACGGCGCCGGCGCAGCAAAGGGGCCCAAGAACCGCCAUCUCGACGUCAAUGGCCAGGCCAAGACGGCGCAUGGGAUAGACGGCGCGGUCCAGGAGAAUGCGUGGAAGGCGGCUGUGCGAGAGGCUCUGCACUCGCCAACCGUGCUGCACACCGGCGACCUGCUGCCCUUGCCCCUGCCUGCGCAUCCCAUCACCCACGUCCCGCCCCCGCCAGCCAAGAUCACCGCCUGUGAGCCUGUGUCGCAAGGCCUUCUGCUGCCGAGUACGCGCAUCGUCGUGCUGCAGUCCCACCGCAGCUCCAGGACCGUGCUUCCACCCCCCGUAAGACAAGCGCCCAUCUCGAACACCUUCGACGAUGACAGCGAAGCAGAAGACACCUCCAAUGACGCCUUCUACACCGCCGAUGAGCGCGGCGAUUCGCGCAAUGCUAGCCCCCCAGACGAAGAAUCCACGCCUAGCCUAGAUUCGGAUUUCUCGGGCUCAGAUGCCGGUGAUUUGUCGGACGAAUCUGACGACAUCAUAUCUUUGAGUGCGCCCAUGCUGCCGCCACACUCUUCAGGCGUGCUCUCGUCGUUCACCUCCGCCACGCCCCGCCCAGGCAACUACCGCACAAAUGGCAUGGCAACGCCAGGCUCGGUCUUCUCUAGCUUCACCGCGACCAGCACCGUGCGAGGAGCGCCUUCGUCCAAGAGCAAGGUCUUCAAGGCCCACGGACUGCUGCAGAGCAUCUCCGACGAGCUCGUGCAUCCAAGACCUGGCAGCGAAGACGAUGAAGAAGCCCGUGUGUUUGUCGAUACAAACACACUUGUCAAAGUCGGAUGUUUCUCUGGCGAUUGGGUCAAGCUCGAAGCCUCGGAAGAGCCCUCGGGCCAUCCCCUUUGGGGGCUUGGCUCAUUGGGAGCUGCUCAAGAGGAAGAGAACUCGAAUUGGCGCCCAGUCAGAGUCUACGGCCUACCCGACAACAUGACGAAGAAGGUGGCCAGAUACCCAGUACACAAGUCUGAAGGUGGCGAGCGCAGGAUGAGCAUAUCGAGCUUUUCGGGCCCAGCGAGUACCUCACUACCAGCAUACCUCUCCCCCAUUCUGUUGGCGAAUCUGGGAAGCCCCUCGCAUCUUCGAAUCACACCACUAGUCGCACCACACAUGCCCGGUCUACCGCGGACAGCUCUGCAGAAGCCUCGUCUGACGAGCUCAUCACUACCACCGUCUGCGAGAGAGGUUACUCUGCUCAAAGUAUCAACGCCCCUAUCUUCCGAUCGCCUGCUCCAGCCAAGCUUGUUCGCUGCUCUGAAGGAACACUUUGAGCAGAAGAGACGUGUUGUCAAAACAGGCGAUCUGAUUGGUGUCUCCAUCGACGAAUCACUUGGGCGGGCUGUCUUCCAGACCUCCACCGAAGACGAUGUUGGGAGUGACGAGCUGUUGUCCAACGCAAGAAAAACUCCCAACGAGGAUACCGCGGUCGAGAGCUCAAACCCGAAAGUCGUAGCCUGGUUCAAAAUCGGCAAUGUCUCCUCCAAGACAUCCCAACCCCGUGAAGGUGAAGAACCGGACAUUUGGGGUGGUGCGGCCACAGUCGAUGCUGCGAGCACGAAAAUGGAGAUGAACGGCAGCGAACAGGGCAAGACACCUGCAACCAUCGACAAUGCCUGGCAAUACUACCUCGGCGCGAAGCGAGCGCCGGUCGCUGCGUCUCAGAAAGUGAUGGCGAUGGGUGAACUUCCUAAGCCGUACAUUUCGCCCCUUCGUCGACGGUUGCGGGAGUUGAUGUCCGUGGCCACCAGCCCGAGAGCCAUUCAUCUGGGGCUGCCUCCGGUAGCAAUUCUCAUCACAUCAACUCAACGAGGCAUUGGCAAGGCUGCUAUAUCUACCAAGGCCUGCGAAGACUUGGGUCUUCACACGUUUGCUAUUGAUGCUUUCGACAUCGUCACUGAAGGGGGUGCAGGGGGAGGCGACGUCAAGACCGAGGGCUUCCUUAAGGCUAGGGCUGAGCGAGGUCUGACUUGCGGAGCGGAAUUCACUGCGCUGCUCAUCAAACAUGUCGACGCCCUGACCGCUGACCGCAUGAACGCGGCACUCAAGGAGAUCUUGGCUGACUCCAGAGUGCUGAUUGCCACAACGACGGAGAUCGACAAGGUACCCGAGGGCAUACGAGGUCUGUUCACCCACGAGUUGGAAAUGACUGCACCCGACGAAGGCGAAAGACAAGGCAUCCUGCGUAGUAUCAUCGAUGAUGCCGGUAUUCGACUGUCUCCAGAAGUUGAUCUUGGCAACGUUGCUGUCAAAACCGCUGCCUUGGUGGCUGGAGACCUCGUUGAUGUGGUUGAUAGAGCCCUUGUUUCGAAGCGCACCCGCAUAGAAGAGCUUGCAGCAGCAGCAAGCAAGGCCUCGUCAUUAGCAGAAGCGGUAACUACCAGAGACAUUGAACUCGCCGGCGGCCACUUUAGCAAUAGCAUCACAAAAGCCGACCUCGAUACCGCUGUCGACGCCGCUAGGAAGAACUUCGCUGACGCGAUUGGUGCGCCCAAGAUCCCGAAUGUCGGCUGGUCAGACGUCGGCGGCUUGUCCCACGUCAAAGACGCAGUCAUGGAGACGAUUCAACUACCGCUCUCUCGCCCUGAGCUUUUCGCCAAGGGCAUGAAGAAGCGCAGCGGUAUCCUCUUCUAUGGACCUCCAGGCACCGGAAAAACACUUCUUGCAAAGGCCAUCGCUACCGAGUUUUCACUCAACUUCUUCAGCGUCAAGGGUCCGGAGCUGCUGAACAUGUACAUUGGUGAGUCGGAGGCCAACGUCCGGCGUGUCUUCCAGCGUGCUCGCGAUGCCAGGCCCUGCGUUGUGUUCUUUGACGAACUGGACUCGGUGGCACCGAAGCGUGGCAACCAGGGUGACAGCGGCGGUGUCAUGGAUCGCAUUGUGAGUCAGCUGCUUGCUGAGCUCGAUGGUAUGAGCGAUGGAGGCGAAGGCGUGUUUGUCAUUGGCGCAACGAAUCGUCCAGAUCUGCUUGACCAAGCUCUCCUGCGUCCGGGGCGCUUCGAUAAGAUGCUGUACUUGGGGGUCAGUGACACGCAUGAGAAACAGCAAACCAUCCUGGAGGCGCUGAGCAGAAAGUUCACCCUUCACCCUGAUCUGUCUCUUGCGCGCGUCUCGCAAGGCCUGCCAUUCACUUACACGGGUGCUGACAUGUACGCGCUCUGUUCCGAUGCUAUGCUCAAAGCCAUCACGCGGCAAGCGCGCGCUGUCGACGAGAAGGUUGCAGAGUACAACAAGACGCACAGCCCACACAUCACGAUCGCAUACUUUUUCGACCACCUGGCCACCGAGGAAGACACGGCCGUCAUGGUCACUGAGCAGGACUUUAUGGAUGCGCAUAGAGAGCUGGUGCCCAGUGUCAGUGCAGACGAACUUCGUCACUACGAUAGAGUGCGCAGGACAUUUGAAGGUGCAGGAAAGCCAGACGAGAAGAAGAAACAGCCAACCAUCACAAAUGGAAGCGCAACGGCCGCCCCUUCGGCCAGCAGCAAGGGCAAAGGAAAAGCGGCCGCGCCACCCAAUGAGGCAGAUGAUAUGGUCAUUCGCACUGAAAAUAUCGAUCUGAACGGGAAUGGUAACGACACAAGUGGGAGCAGUAAGGGCAAGGGCAAAGCUCCUACAACCAGCCACGCAAGCAAGAGCAGCAUUGAUAUUGCAGAAGGAGGAUUCGGCAAUGCUGGAGAUGAUGAUGAAUUGUACUCUUAA